UGCAACAGGAAGUUAAUGCAUUCAGCUGCACAUCUAGAAUAAACAUGGACUUAAGCCUGCUGGUUGGGGUCGGAUCACUGCUUUUACUCUCAGCCCCAAUUCAGGGGUCCAACAACUCCACCACCCCCUUGGUUCUCUGGCAUGGAAUGGGGGAUAAUUGCUGCAACCCGCUGAGCAUGGGCUCAAUAAAGAAGAUGAUGGAAGAGGAAGUGCCUGGAAUAUAUGUUCUGUCUCUCAUGAUUGGCAAGACUGUUGUUGAGGAUACAGAAAGUGGAUUUUUUAAGGAUGUCAAUGAGCAAGUGACAUUUGUAUGUGACAAACUGGCACAGGACCCUAAACUGAAGGCAGGUUACAAUGCGAUGGGCUUCUCCCAGGGUGCACAGUUUCUACGUGCUGUGGCUCAGAGAUGCCCUAACCCUCCAAUGAAGACCCUCAUCUCGGUUGGUGGACAACAUCAAGGAGUGUACGGUUUGCCUCGAUGCCCUGGUGAAAGCUCUCAUAUCUGUGACUGGAUCCGAAAAACAUUGAAUUCUGGGGCCUAUACUGAUGCAGUGCAGAAACUCUUGGUGCAGGCGCAGUACUGGCAUGAUCCACUUAACGAUGACUUAUACAAACAGCACAGUCGGUUCCUUGCUGAUAUAAAUCAGGAGCGGGUGGUGAAUGAGACCUACAAGAAGAACCUCAUGUCUUUGGAAAAGUUUGUCAUGGUUAAGUUUCUGCAGGACAGCAUCGUGGACCCUGUGAUAUCAGAGUGGUUUGGCUUUUUCAAAACUGGUCAGGCUAAGGAGACUGAGACGUUACAGGAAAGUGUUCUGUACAAAGAGGAUCGUCUGGGUUUGGCAGAAAUGGAUAAAGCAGGAAAGUUGGUGUUUCUGGCUACUGAAGGGGAUCAUUUGCAAUUUAGCCGAGAGUGGUUUAAUGCCAAGUUACUCCCUUAUUUGCGCUAAUCCCAGAGUUUUUGUGCUAAUUGCAUAACAAAAAAAUGACAGAACAGUAACCUGUUCCAAGCACAUGCUUUACUGCUGCACAUUUUAAAAAUUUUAAAUCUAAUGUUCUCUUCUGCACUGAUGUAGCCUUUAUUUGAAUUUUAACAGAAAUAAGUAGUUAAAUCUGACUUACCAGAAUUGAUGAUAUUGAAAAAAAAAUCAAUGCAGUUUGAUGUUAUCAAACAUUAACUGUUAACAUAACAAUAUUUCAUACAUUAUGCCUAAAGUCAUUAAACAAUUUAGGCAGUAGAAAAGACAGACACUUGAUAUUCAGGGCAUGGAAAAUUAGGGAAAACAUCCAGGGUACUCAAAGUGCAAAGAAAAAGCUUAAAAGUCAUUUUCCUGCCCUGAAUUUCACUAAUUGAAUAGAAUGUGCUGAAUUACUAAACUAAAAAAACUAAAACAUUUUAAAAGUAUGAUGGUUAAUAAAUUAUUGUUUAUAGUAAAGUAAAUUGUAUAAAAGUUGUUGCAAUGUAUCAGAAACAGGAUCUAAAAAUCUUUACAUUCCUUUUGCUAGUCAUGUUAUAGACACUCCUUAAAGAGUCCUUCACUCAAUAUUCGCUGCGCACAAAUAAAAGCCUAACAGAAUCAAAUGCCAAAUGGCUAGCAUCUUAUAAUACUGUAAUGUUCAUGAUCCACUGCUGAAAUUUACUCUGUAAAAUGUUACCAAAUGCACAUGUAACCUGCAUUUUGUGUAAGCAUCAGUUUGUGUAGAUCUCUUAUGUUAACAAAUAAAAAUUCUAGUUUUUACAAUA